AUGUCGGACGUCGAGAAGAUGAUGGGAGAUUACUCCCAGCUCACCAACCACAACAUUCGCAGCUUUCUCUGGAGGGGAGUCUCUGUCUCCGUCAGAGACCGUCAGACUCAUGAAGACAAGCCCAUCCUCAACAAUGUCAGCGGCAUCGUCUAUGCUGGAGAGUUGAUGGCCGUUAUGGGUCCUUCGUAUGUUUUCUCAUCGUUCCGUCUGCUCUCAUCGCUAACUCGCUCGCNNAGUGGUUCUGGAAAGUCAACGCUUCUCAACGUGCUUGCCAACCGCGUGCCUGCCAAAGGCGCUCAUGCUCAGUCAGAUGUCUUCCUCAACGGCCGCCCGGCCGAGGCUGAGACGAUGCGCAAGAUCAGCUGCUAUGUCGAACAAGAAGACGCUCUUGUCGGCUCACUAACAGUCAGAGAGACUUUGCUGUUUGCUGCUCGUCUCUCCCUUCCCAAGAGCAUCAGCGCCAACGAGCGUAUCGCCCGCGUUGAGGCACUCAUCAACUCUUUCGGUCUCAACGGCCAAGCUAACACUUUGGUCGGUACACCUAUAAGAAAGGGUAUCUCUGGUGGUCAGAAGCGCCGUGUCAGUGUCGCCAACCAGCUCAUCACCAGCCCCAAGAUUCUCUUCCUCGACGAACCUACUUCUGGUCUGGACUCGGCAGCUGCCUUCGAGGUCAUCGCGUUCGUCAAGGAUGUAGCCAAGAAGCACAACGUAAGUUCUGAUUCCUACCUCAUGUUCAGAUGUAUAGACACUAAGACAAGCACAGNNUUGAUGGUUAUCUCGAGCAUCCAUCAGCCCUCCACGUCGACAUUUGCAAUGUUCGACAAGCUUCUCCUCCUCUCGCAUGGCAACACAGCAUACAGCGGACCAGUUAAGGACGUCCAAUCUUUCUUUGACUCAUGCGGCUUCCCCAUUCCUCUCUACAUGAACCCCGCCGAAUUCAUCAUCGACUUCGUGAACACCGACUUUGCUCAUAACAGGAGCGAAGUCAUGAGCCAGUUCGAGAUGGUCACCGGCACCUGGCAGCGCUCCGGCCUUCACGCCGAAAAGUUGAACACCAUCGCCCGCGAAAUCUCACACGGCGACCCUUCGCCUCAGGAAACCAACGACAACGAGCAGAUUGGUGCUGACUGGUUCGCCAUCGUGACUGCGCUUAUCCAUCGCAACUUCAUCAAGUCGUACCGUGAUAUCAUCGCCUACGGCAUUCGUAUUGCCAUGUACAUGGGUCUGGCUGUCAUGAUGGGCACUGUUUGGCUACGUCUGGAUGCCUCGCAAGACAACCUGCAAGCCUUCACCAAUGCCAUCUUCUUUGGAGGUGCCUUCAUGUCCUUCAUGGCCGUCGCCUACAUUCCUGCCUACCUCGAAGACCGCGCCAUUUUUAUGAAGGAACGUGCCAACGGCCUCUACGGACCCACGUCUUUCCUCGUUAGCAACUUCUUGACUGGUCUCCCGUACCUCUUCAUCAUCACUCUGCUCUUCAGUGUUGUCGUCUACUGGCUCAGCAACUUCCGCGGCACGGCCGGCGGCUUCUGGACUUGGGUCAUGUGGCUCUUCCUCGACCUCAUCGCCGCCGAAUCCCUCGUCGUUUUUAUUACCAGCGUCGUUCCGAUCUUCGUCGUUGCCCUUGCUGCUACUGCCUUUGCCAACGGUCUCUGGAUGUGCACCAUGGGUUUCAUGGUUCGCCCUGCCGACCUUAACCCCUUCUGGCGCUACGUGUUCCACUACAUUGAUUACCAGAGCUAUGUCUUCGAGGGCAUGAUGGUCAAUGAAUUUGCCCACAGAAACUACACUUGCCCUGUUGACAACAAGGGUAACUUUGCUUGUGCUUACGAGUCUCCUCUGAACGCUCAGGGAUUGAUUCCCGGCACUGCUUUGCUGGAUACCUAUGGCUACAAGACUGGCAAGACUGGCGAGUACAUUGGCAUCUUGUUGGCCAUCAUCUUGGUCUACAGACUUCUUGGCUGGUUUGUGCUGUAUGUUCGCCGCACUUGA